AUGGAAAGGCAGGUGGGUGGUCGGCGGGACAACGCGAUCCAGGAGCUCUUAAAAGGUCGGGAGUUCACUUGCCAGCUCAGGCUCCUCCUCUCUCUUGAUUCCAAGGGCGGGUGCGCUGAAGAUCUGGUGGGGAAGAUCCUCUCCACCUUCACUCACACUAUCUCGCUCCUGAACACUACUGCUGCAGCUACAGCCACAAAGGCCGAGUCCUUCGACGAGGUCUCUCAGCUCGGUCCCCGCAAGUCGGAGAGCUCCUCCGGUGACACUGACGGCAACCCCUCCACCAGCAAGAACGACCGCCCAGCUGGAUGCACCAAGAAAAGGAAGCUGGCCGCAUCCCGAUCCUGGGUGAAAGAGAGCCGAACCCUAGUGGACGACGGCUACGCGUGGAGGAAGUACGGGCAGAAGAAGAUUCUGGAGUCCGACUUCCCCAGGCACUACUACAGGUGCACUCACAAGUUCGACCAAAAGUGUCCAGCCACCAAGCAGAUCCAGAUGCUCCAAGACCGGCCCAGCCCGCUCUACCGGACCACCUACUCGGCCCACCACACCUGCCACAACAAUACCCUCCACGACUCUUCUUCGCACCAACAUUUCCUGAUGGACUCCGCCGUUGAUUCCACCACCAGCUGCCACCUCAUCAGCUUCAACAACAGUACGACUACCACCACCACCCCUUUCCUGGCGUCAUUCUCCGGAUCCUCCUCGGCACCAACUACUUCUCCUCCAUCGGUAGUGAAGCAGCAACAGGAGUCCUCCUUGAGCGACGCGGCGAGCUCCGGUCGUCAAACCCUAAACCAAAGGGAAGCGGCGGCUGCCUCUGGAUCCUCCAUUCUUAGCACGGCGGCUGAUGAUGAUGAUGAUGAGAAUGAAAAGUACGACAUGAGUUUCAUACAAAUGAUGAUUAUGGAUUCCGUUGAUGACUUCCAAGGGUUAUUGGGUUGA